AUGGAUACAGUUAACCCCGAAUUCUCCGAAUCAUCACCUCCCACACGAAAACCAUGGAAGCGGACAUUCAUUGAACUGACGUAUCUGUCUCGACAGUGGCAGCCGUCGGAGGGCCCUCCCUUAUAUUCAUUUUGGAUGGCCUCCUCGGAAGUGGAUCAAAAGUUUCUCGGUUAUUUUGCAAAAGUGACCACCACAGAGAAUAAUUAUCUGUCGAGUUUUUUAUUCCGUGUCCUGGGCCUCUCAGUCAUUCUUGCCGAAAAGCUUCUUCGCGCUCGGAAAGCCAAACGAUUGGAUCCUGUUCGAGAUCCGAGGGCCAGACAUCUCAUUCACCAUAUCCUGUGGCUGGCGCGAGAAGGACUUGUGAUGGUGGAGCAGUAUGUGCUCCCCAUGGUAGGAAAUUACGUCGAACUUCGUGUUCUGUCUCAUAAAUUAAAAGCCUCCUUCUAUCAUAUCUUCGUCCUCUUUCACAACGAACCUCCCGUCAACGAUCGAAUCAACCGGUCGAGAUCAGGAUCGUUCUCACUUUUCCCGGACCCUUUAUCACCCCGACUAUCUUCCAAGCCCCCUUCGAGAGAACCUACUCUUCGUUCACCCACUGGCGGUCGCCAGCGUUCACCAGCAAUCAGCCUCGGCGGCCCUGUUGGGGGAGGAACUACGACGACACGCACUCCCCCCGGCCUCCCUGUCCCCCCCACCCACCCAUAUACCAAUGGCUCGGCCAAUGGCAAUGGUACCGCGACCUUCCUCCUCCCCCUCCAAGACUAUCGACCUUAUGCGACACAAGCGUUCCGAGAAGCCAACGAACUCGCCGAACGCCUUCUGCCUGGUUCACACCCCGUUCGUCUGUCGGUUAAAGUUGAAUAUGUCGCAUACGUCUAUGACUGCUUGCACGAGGCUGAACAGUCCCGCCGUAUGGCAAGAUUGAGCAUUCGGCAUGUGUAUGAAGCGCAAGAGGGCAUGGAUGAUGAUUCAUUUGAGGAUGCAGCAGAGAUGGUGGGGAUAUUGGGAAGAAUGAUGAAGAGAGGUCUAGGAGGGGGUGGAAGUUCAGGGAGUCAGCAACAGGCCCAGAGCAGGGAGAGGGUCAGUGGCGCUGGUGAAGGGGUUCGACAGGCUGCGCUCCUGCAGCAGCCGACGACGUGGCUGUAG